GGAAGUUAAAAUCAGAGACAGGCUUAGCGGGUAUCGGGUGGGGGGGGUGGGAGCGAUUCGACCAGACUGACGAGUCUUGCGAGGCUCUGGCACCUGUUGGACGCCUUUGCUAAGCAGAGCGUCACGGGAUCCUUUUAGCCAGCCUGUGAAAGACGGUCCCAGAGUAGCUCCAGUGUCCUGGCCUGGUGGAGCUCCAUGUAGCGUCUUCCAGCAGCGUGGCUGUCUCUUCGAAUCCCCCGUGGACUGUGCCUGCCACGGCCAGGCUGUUUGGGGUUUUUUUUUUUUCGUCGUCAGCAGCAUUUGGGCAGUUCUGAGUUUGUGCCCCACCGUCCACAGGCUCGGACUCUCUCUUUACACCUUCCCUCUGCAGCCGCUCCGGGGAAGGUGAAAUAAAAUGGAGGGAGGGAGCGAGGAAAGUAAAUGUUUGCCACCCGGCAGUCCUGCGAAAGAGCCGGGGAAAGGCAACCUGCGGGUGACCUCCCUGGAGGAUGCGGAGCACCUCAGCCGGAAGCAGAGCACUGCGAACGGGAGCGGUCGCCCGGACCCCAGGUCCUGCCGCAGCGUCCCCCGGAGGCACACUGUAGGGGGGCCCCGCAGCUCCAAAGAGAUCCUGGCCAUGCAGCCCUCCGACAUGGACAAGAAGCGCGAGGCUUUCCUGGAGCACCUGAAGCAGAAGUACCCACACCACGCGUCCGCCAUCAUGGGCCACCAGGAGAGGCUCAGGGAACAGGCUUUACAGUUCAUGCUGUCCUCUCUCCAUUCUGAACUUGACAUUCAAAGGUACUUGCUGAAAAUCGAAUCGUCCAGGAGAAGCAGGAGCCCCAAGCACUCCCCGAACCCGCAGCCUGGAGUCGGGGAUCCGGCGGAGCACCUCUCCGUGGCCUCGCUGGAGUCCCUGGAUGCCAUGUCUGAAGGAGACUCCCCCACCGCCUUCACCCGGGGCACGCGCUCUCGGGCCAGCCUGCCCGUGGUGCGCUCCACCAACCAGACCAAGGACCGGUCCCUCGGUGUGCUGUAUCUGCAGUACGGAGACGAGACCAAGCAGAUCCGGAUGCCCAAUGAGAUCACCAGCACAGACACCAUCCGGGCCCUCUUCGUCAGUGCCUUCCCCCAACAGCUCACCAUGAAGACCCUGGAGUCCCCCAGCGUGGCCGUGUACAUCAAGGACGAUGCCCGCAACAUGUACUACGAGCUGUCCGACGUGAGGAACAUCACGGAUCACUCCUUCCUCAAGGUGUACCACAAGGACCCCGCUCACGUGUUCAGCCACAAUGCCAGGCCCACCAACGGAGACAGCAGAAUGCACAGGGAGAUGCUGUACGGUGGCAGGGAGGGGCAGCACCCUCUGAGGCAGCAGCCCAUGGGCCCGCCCUCGGCCCACCCCAUGGGGGGCACUCUGCCCCCCAACGCAGCCCACUCCAUGCCCCCCUCACCCUCCCGAAUCCCCUACGGGCCCCGCGGGGGAGGCAUGCCCGGGAACUCCACCAUGCCCAGGGAGAGGCUGCCGGCGGCCCCUCAGAACCGCUCCGUCUCCCCAUGCCCCAGCGCCAUCCUGGAGCGGAGGGACGUCAAGCCUGACGAGGACAUGGGCAACAAGGUGACCCUGGUGCGGGCCGAGGGGCUGUACGCGGACCCCUUCCUGAUGCACGAGGGCCGUCUGAGCAUCGCCUCGUCCCACAGCGGUCACCCCGGGGACGUGCCCGACCAUGGCGGCAUGGGGGGCUUCCACCGCGCCUCCAUCCGCUCCAACAGCUCCUACGCCAGCUCCUCCAUGAGCUCCGACGGCAUGGAGCACCACAGCCUCUACCGGAAGUCCCGCAGCAAGUACGGCGACAGCCAGCUGCCCACGCUGGGCUCCAAGACGCCGCCGCCGUCGCCCCACAGAAUGGCCGACGUGCGGCUGGUGGACAUCCACCCCGGCCAGGCCCCACACAUCCCCCCCCAGGGCGUGCCUCUGGAGAGGGGCUCGCCCAUCCGGGGGUCCUUCAGGAAGGACAGCUCGGGCGGCGUGGAGACUGUGACCAAGGCCAGGAGCAACAUGGCCUCCCCCGUCGUUCCGGACCUUCCGAUGGGACAGGGAGGGCCGCUCCACGGACAUGGUCCCGGCAUGGCCUCCAACGACCCGCAGACACGCGAGCGAAUGAAGGCCAUGGAGCAGCAGAUUGCCAGCCUGACGGGGCUCGUACAGCACGCACUUUUCAAAGGGCCGGGCGCCGGAGGUGCCAAGGAGGUCUGCAGUGACAAAAUGGUGAAGAGAUCGUCCCCUGUUCACAAUGCAAACAGUGGAGGAGCCUCGCCCAUCCUCUCUGCCAAGAGCCCGGCCGAAAGCGCCCCGACACCCACUCCCCACGCGGCCCCCGCACCCCUGCAGGCCAACCUGGCCCACUUCCGGAAAAACGUCUCGGACCUGCGGCUGCAGCUUCACCAGAUGAGACAGCUGCAGCUGCAGAACCAGGACACCCUGAAACUGAUGGUGAAGCGGGCAGAGCAGGAGAUCAACGGGAAGCUGGUGGACGCCAUGAAGAGGCUGGAGGACCCGGUGCAGAGACAGAGGGCCCUGGUGGAGGAGGACAGACACAAGUACCUGUGCAUGGAGGAGAGGGUGCUGGUGCAGCUGGGGGAGCUGGAGCAGUAUGUGGACGAGCUGAAGAAGGAGUCCUCCUCCAGCGCAGUGCACAAGGCGGUCACACUGAAGGAUGUGGAGGAGGGCGCCGUCGGCCUCAGGAAAGUGGGCGAGUCACUAGCGGGGCUCAAAGGGGAGUUCCCGGCGCUCCAGACUAAGAUGCGCUCAGUGCUGAGGGUGGAGGUGGAGGCGGUGAAGUUCCUGAAGGAGGAGCCGCACAAGCUGGACAGCAUGUUGAAGAGGGUGAAGAACCUGACCGAGACACUCAGCGGCCUGAGGAGGCUUGUCUCAGACGGCCCUCUGAAGGGCUCGGAGAGCCCGGUGGUGGUGAGGGAGACCAGUGCAGCCCCGUCGGUGGAGUCAGAGCCCCCACCCAGCGCGGGGCAGGAGUCCCCCUCCUCCACCCCCCUCCCCGAGGCCCAGAGCUCCUCCGUCCGCUCGGAGGUCAUGCCCUCCUCCCCCAUGGUGAUCCACCAUGCCCAGAGUGCCCCUGUGCUCAUACAGCAGUCCCAGCAGUCUGCAGCCCUGGUCCACCAGCCCAGUCCCCCCCUCACCCCCAUCCAGGGCCGCGACUCCCCCACCCUGGCCAAAGUCAACACCCCCAGCAGGGAGAACAGCCCCGCCCUGGCCAAGAAGCCUGUCCCCGACCCGGAGCCUCCGGCCCCCGUCGCCCCGGGCAACGGCUCCGCCCCGCAGAACCUCUUCAUCGAGGAGGUCCACAACAGCAAAGAGAAAUCCAAACAAAGGGCCCUGUCCAUCAAGGCCGCAGAGAAGGAGUGGGAGGAGAGGAGGCAGAACAUGGGCCAGUACGACGGGAAGGAGUUUGACAAGAUCCUCCAGGAGGCCCAGGCCAACAUGAUGAAGGGCAUACCCAGCCUGGAGGUGGGGGAGGAGGAGGCCCCCACAGCGCCCCCCACUGCACCCCCUGCAGCGCCCCCUGCAGCGCCCCCUGCAGCACCCCCUGCAGCGCCCCCUGCAGUACAGGCAGAAGAGGUGGACACGCCCCAGCCCGUGGAGCCUCCACUGAAAGAGGCUCCACCUCCGGAGCCAACUGCUGAACAGCCAGCCCAGCCCAGCCCCGAGCCCCCCGCCCAGCCCAGCCCUCCCCCCGUGCCCGAAAAGCCAGCCAAGAUCCUUCCGGAAAAGGCCGCCAAGCCCAGCCUGGACAAAGUCGCCAAACUGAAUGUGGAGAAGGGCUGCAAGUCCCCUCCGCCGCCCCCUCCCAGGCGAAACUACCCUCCGGGCUCGGGGCUCACCACUGGGAGGUCCGGGGAGGUGAUAUUCACCAGCAGGAAGGAGCCCGCGUCUCCUCAGGAGGGAGAGGAAGAGGCCCCGCCUCCCCAGCCACCCAAACCCAGCAAGGUCCCCCCGGAGAUCAAGCCCAAGCCACAGACCCCACCCCCCAUCGUGGCCUCUGCCAUACGCGAGGAGGAGGAUGAGGGAGACAGGAUCAUGGCAGAGCUGCAGGUUUUCCAGAAGUGCACUGUUAAGGAUAUAGGGCCAAAAUGUUUUAUUGAGCACACAAGAGUUGAGCCCCAAGUCAGAGAAUUGAGGCCCGGGUCCUUAAUGUUACCCAAAGACAAAAAGCAGAACUCGGAGGGUCAGCGGGAAGAGAAAGAAUCCCAUACGGAUGAAAAUGGGAAUGACACGAUGCGACAGAGCCCAGGGGUCAUAUACUACGUCACGGCACAGAUCUCCAAAGAGCAGCAGCCGUCGUCAGGAGCGGAAGACCAGCCGGAGAGCAAAGAAGCAACAGUUUCUCCCUCACAGGUGGCCAGUGUGAAUGCGUAUGAAAUUUCCCAAAGGCAGCAGCAGGUAGUGGCAGACGGGUCAGCCGUUAUCUCGCAGCGCCAGCCCAGCCCUCCCGCCGAGCGGUUGCAGCCGGCGCAGAUAGCGGCUGCCAGCCCUGUGAGCGAGGGUCCCGCGGCGGAGGAAUGCGCUCCGGCAGACAGCCCCCCUCACAAAGAAGAGGCGGCAGAACCUGCGUCUCUCGCUAUCACCCCUGAAAAGCAGGUAGUGGCCCUUCCCAUCCGGGAAAUCAAAAUACUCCCCGUGGACGAGCGCCCGCCACAGAUCGCCGAGCUCACACCCCCGCCCAUGGUUUCUGCCUGUUUUGAGGUCCCCCUGGAGUGUCCGCUCAGUGACUAUGACGACCAGCUGGUCCUAGGGUCCUCCAAAGGCCGAGUGAAGUACAUGGAGGACUACACCAGCCUGAGCCCCGAUCUCCCUGGUGAGGAGGGCCCACCUCCUCCUGACAACAUUGCGUUCAUGAUAACCAACACCAAAGUGCAGGCCCUGUCAUGUGGCGAGUACCAGGAGAUAGUGAACGCCGGUGGGGGGGGCAUGCAGACCGUCAAUGUGGACGACGACCGGGACAUGAUGGCCGACGAUGACAACGGCUUCGACAAGAAGCCCGUCAUCAUCAUAUUCGAUGAGCCCAUGGACAUCCGCUCAGCCUACAAGCGGCUCUCCACCAUCUUCGAGUGCGAGGAGGAGCUGGAGAGGAUGCUGUCGGAGGAGCGGAUCGAGGAGGAGAACGAGGAUGUGGAGGAGGAUGAGGUGGAUCACGAGAGGCACAGCCUCCAGGUAAAGUCCAGGGUGCUUGAGAGCAAUAGGGUCACUGCGGUCUCUCAGAGCCGUCCCCCGGACAAGCCCCAUACCCGCCAGCUCGGGAGGGCGUCCAGGGCACCGGCCGUGGGGCCGGCCGAAGAGGCCCAAACCCAGCCGGCCACGCCCGACGACGGAAAACAGGACGCCAAGAAGAAGUUCAAGUUCAAGUUCCCCAAGAAGCAGCUAGCGGCCCUGACCCAGGCCAUCCGCACGGGGACGAAGACGGGCAAGAAGACCCUGCAGGUGGUGGUGUACGAGGAGGAGGAGGAGCCUGACGGGACCCUCAAGCAGCAGAAGGAGGCCAAGAGAUACGAGAUCGGCCGGACCAAGACCCAGUCUUUAACCAACAACGGCGCCCCCCCUGUUCCCCCCAAACCAGCCUCGCCGCCGGCCGAACAGGCGCAGCCGGACUCCCACUACCGGACGGACGAGAUCCGCAAGAACACCUACAAGACCUUAGACAGCCUGGAGCAGACCAUCAAGCAGCUGGAGAACACCAUCAGCGAAAUGGGCCCCAGGGCCACGGAGGAGGGUGCGAACGAAGAGUCCAAAGCCUACUCCGUGCAGGUAGGGGGCCCAGCGGCCCGAGAGGUGGGGCACACGGGCAUCCCGUCCCCAAAGGGGGCGCGCACUCGCGCUCCCUUGCCCAAUAAGACGCCUCUUCGUAAGAAGGCCAAACCGCAGCUCCUCCCCCGACCUGCCAUCAUCCCCUCCAACAGCACAGCCACCCCUGCUACCAGCACCAGCCAACAGAACACCAGUGUUGCUUCCGCUGCUAGUCGGAUGCCGGUGCCCGUGUCUGCCAAAUCGAGACAGCCACCAGGGGGCACCGAGAAAGCAGGAAAACAGCAAAAGCUGCAGGACCCUCAGAGGCAGUUCCGACAGGCUAACGGAAGCGCUAAGAAAACUGGUGGGGAAAAUAAAUCCAAUUCCCCUACUUUACCUGCUUCUAAGAUCCCAGCCUUUUAUCCUAGCUCUGGAAAAGGCAGCUCUCUAUCUGCUCCUAACUCAGAUGCUACUAACCCUGUUAAUUCCUCUCCCUCUUCCUCCUCUAAGUCUUCCAUCCCGAGCCCCAGCCAUGCCAACCCCUCCCGCCCUGCCUCCUCAUCCUCCCACAUCCCCUCCCUCUCUAAUGGAGCUCUCAAGCCCCCCAGCUCAACUCACACUGGUAAAGGUCCACAUCUCUCCUUCUCACCGCAGACUCAAAAUGGCCGAACGUCCUCCUCCUCCUCCUCCUCUUCUUCCUACUCUCCCUCCCCCCUCUCCCCCCUGUCCCCCACCUCCCUGGGUCAAGGUGCGAAGAGCAUCCGAACCAUACACACACCCAUCUUCACCAGCUACAAGCCACACAACGGGAAUGGCAGCAAAUCCACAGUCCCAUCCGCCUCGUCACCCAAGGACACAGCAUGAUUGCUUUCGUUUGGUGGGUCGCAUUGUGUUGCUAUUGCAAAGCAUCAUGGGUGCGCACUGUCUUCCACCAGCUUUUUUUUUGUUCUUUUUUUUUUACUUUGAUUUUGUUUUUUCUUCAUUAAUAUUUGAGUUUGAUACAGCGGCAUUCACUUGGCAAUGCUUUGUGUCUCAUUUAAGUCAUUGAAAUAGCAUUUGCUCCAUUACUAAUGUUAAUAACCUGAUAACUUGAGACAAACCUAAAAAAUAAGUGACUAGAGGCAUAGAAUACUCUGUACAUACAACAAAAGACAAAACACAUGUGAUUUAGUUCUACUGAGCAGUAGGUAAUGUAGAAGUUCACAAUAACUGACUAUUUUUGGUUGUAGUUUCACUCAAUAUUAUUGAAAGUAUAUUUUUAUUAAAGCAUUUAGAAGGGAUGAAAAUAUAAAACAGAUAUGUAUUCUGAGUGAGAACAUGUAAAACUGCUUUUUAUUUUUCCAAAAGAAAACUGGAUGACUAUAGUCUAUUUUGAUCUAACAUUAGGUUUUUUUAUUUUACCACCAAUUACAUGCCCAUAUUAAACUUAAUGAAAAAUUACUGAAAUACUGUAUGUAAACUGACCUUUUUAAAUCCAACUGCAUUGACCUUUUUUUGUUUCUUUUAGCCUCCCAUUCACUGUCUGUUUAUUUUAACAAAUAGUAUGAGUGAUAACUGCUUUUAUGACCUUUAUCUAUUUUUUGUCUUUCGUAGUUAUUGUGCCUAUUUGCCAAAGUUGUUUGUAUUUCAUUCUCAAGGUUAUACUUAUUGAUUGAAAAACACUGUGUGGGAAUUUUAUGUGUACAGAUUGGAGUGACAACCACUCCUAUACCUUACUCUCUUCAAUAGCUUUACUGAGGUCUGUGUUCUUUAAGUUAAUGGUUAUUGAUGUUUAAAUGUAUACUAAAGGAUAGUAACUGACAUACUACCACAUGUAUAUAAAUGCUUAUCUCUUGAGAAACUUAGUAUAGUUUUGUUAACAUACCAAAGUUUAUUUCUAUGCAUGCCUUUCAGAUAUUUUAAAAGAUAUAUUUGACGCUAAUGUAAAAGAAUAAUUGUUUGCACAGAUAGAUUUUGUAAAUAUUUUGUUUUCUCAUUUUGUAAAGCUUUAAACCAUAUUGCAUAAAAGCGCUGUGGUAAAGAAAUAAUUGUGUUGGUAUUAAAAAUAAUAAAGGGC